CAUUCCUUCAUCUUGCAAAACCCUAAUCCACCACAACCCCGAGAGAGAAAACCCGCCGCCGAGCAACAAUGCCACCGAAGUUCGAUCCCUCUCAGGUGGUGGACGUCUACGUACGUGUCACCGGCGGCGAGGUCGGCGCAGCAAGUUCCCUCGCACCCAAGAUCGGUCCACUCGGUCUGUCCCCAAAGAAGAUCGGAGAAGACAUCGCGAAGGAGACCGCGAAGGAUUGGAAGGGUCUGAGGGUGACAGUGAAGCUCACCGUGCAGAAUCGUCAGGCGAAGGUGUCGGUGGUGCCAUCCGCAGCGGCGCUGGUGAUCAAGGCGUUGAAGGAGCCGGAGAGGGACAGGAAGAAGACGAAGAACAUCAAGCACAAUGGGAACAUCUCGCUUGAUGAUGUUGUGGAGAUUGCUAGGGUGAUGAAGCCGAGGUCCAUGGCGAAGGAUCUGAGUGGGACUAUCAAGGAGAUUCUUGGGACUUGUGUGUCUGUUGGGUGUACGGUUGAUGGGAAGGACCCUAAGGAUCUGCAGCAGGAGGUUACUGAUGGUGAUGUUGAGGUUCCUCUAGAAUAAUGGUAAUCUAAUUUUCAGUGAUUUUGCUUUGGGUUAUGGUUUAUCUGCUUUUCUAUUAGGAAACUUUUGUUGGAUGAAUGAGAUCAUUUUUGUGUUUUGAGAUUGGAAUUUAUGGGAAAUGGAAAAUUGCUGUUUUGAAUAUGUGGGUUUUUCGUUGUUGUUUUGCCAUGGGGUGAUGGUAGUUAACACCCUAUUAACUCAUCGUUAGAAAUUUUGUGAUGAAGUAAUGAUCUUGAUCAUUUCUCAUUUGUCUGGUUUUCAGCUUGGUUUCGGGUCUUAAUUUUCUUAUAUGAGCUGUUUUUACUGCUGAAUUGAUAUGAUGCCAUAAGUUAAUUGAACAAAUGAUUACGAUCCCCAGUAGUUUCAGUAUGGGGAAAUUUAAGAAGAAUAUUAGAGUAAAUGGUUAAAUUGGCCCCCGAAAGUGUGUUAAGUGCUCGCAAGUUCGUUGCUGGACUUAGAAAAUACCCUGUGGGCGGCCUUGACGUGUGAAAUGUGGGUCAAGUUAGUUUGAGUCUUGUUAAAUGUCGGUCGAGUUAGACUAGAUUGAUCUGGGAUUCUACAGACAGAACGGAACUCACUCAUAUAGCUUCUUUAAUGAGUUUAUAAGUGUGUUUAUAUGUAAUGAGACAAUUUAACUAGCUCAGGGAAGAAUACCAUUUUGCACCGCGUAACUGAUUCCAAGUUGCAAGUUGCAAGUUUGUGUCUGGACUUACAAAAUACCCUGUGCGCCCUUGAAUGUGUAAAUUGUUGGUCAAGUUAGUCCCUAUUGUCAGAUUAAUCGUUGGUCAGAGUUAGAUUAGAUUGUAUGAAAUGAAACUGUUUCACUCGUAACUACAUUCUUUAUUUUUUUGACGUUUCACUUGUAACUACGUUCAUAUGAAAUGAGACAAUUUAACUAGCUCAUGGAAGAAUACCAUUUUGCACCAUAUUGCUGAUGCUGCUAUUGCAGCAGGAUUAAUAACAAGUUGUUAAACUUUUCAGUCGUAGUUUUGUUCAAUUGCUGGAUUCCAAAUGGUUGCUAACUCCCCCUUUGUAAGAUUUGGUUUAAUUCGUUAAUUUUCAACUUCUCAAACACCAUGUCCUUAUUCAUAUGUUUUUAUUUCUUUGCAUUUCGCUAAUGAAUCUUAACCAAGAUCACUAUAAUUAUUGUUUGUCUUUUACUGAUUAGUAUGAGUGGUUAGCAAUGAAAUGUUGUAAAAUCACUUCCUAAAAAUAUUGAUUUAGAUGGAAAAGACUAGUGAGAACAGGGUUGUAGAUGAGACUUCGCUGUGUUCUCUAUUUUCAUCAAAGCACUGAAUCAAAUCAUUGUUGUUGUGUUGGGUAGAGCCUCUUUGGUUUACUGUUAGAGUAUGAAAAUUGGUAAAUAACACAUGUAGAGAUUUUCUAAAAAGUUGUAGUUAAGCUAUUUCUUCUAAACUGGAUUUUUCUCUCUCGUUUAGUUUUGAACAGAAAAUAAUUUGCAAAUCUAAAUUUACAUUUAAAUAAAAUGAUAUAACCAAAUAAUUAACCUAGACACAUCGUUGGCAAGCUACACCAAAAGGGACACAUCGUUGACCUACACCUCUUAAUGUAAUGAGUGACGAAAUAUUGUCUGAUGGAAAACUUCACUCUUCAUACUACCACUAAUUCCUUUUAUAUUAUUCAUUAGGAUUUUUUAAGGACUAGUUUUUGUUGAAAAAAAAUAAAAAAUAAAGUGGUAUCAAUUUUAUGAGUAACGAUAUACACUAGUUAGGUAAUUACAAAUAGUACACUACAUUGGUAAAUAUAAUUAAAAAUCACACUAAAUGUAAAGAAGUUACCCGUAACUAGAGAGAGUAACACAAGCUUGGGGGAGUGGUUUGAGGGUUUCUACGGUUUCUUGUAGACUCUGUGAUUCUCCCCUUGGAGCUUCUAGCUAUCUUCCAUGGCAUGUAUGUCUGCAGCUUGGGGGCGUGGGUUUCAUGUUGUGAAUGGCCAAACAUAUUCUUUGGAUGCCUUCAGACUUGUUAGGAGUAAUUCGUCGCUCAGCAUUGCUACGCCUCGCUUGUCUAGGAUAUCAAAGGUUUGUUGAGUCGCCAAUUUGAGUUGAAGCAUUCAUUGCGGGAGGGGAAUGCUUGCACCUUACCCAAUUUGUAGCUCGCCAAGAUGAGUCGUUGGUCUUCGUAGAUUCCCCCCUUCAGGGUAUGAGUCUGCUGCUUGCGGACGCGACCAAUGUCUCCUUUGUGAGACCAUAGUUCCGAGGCCUACCCAUUUUUUUCUUUUUUUUGUUGUUGUUUUGUUUCUUUAAGCUAAUUAAAAAAACAAGAGUAACAAAAACUACUACAAAAACUAAUUAUGUAACUAACUUUACGGACUACUCUAACUACAUCUCAUAUAAGCUAAUCCUAUUUAAUUAUGCUCUCUCCAAUUUAAUUAAGUCCAAUGCAUAUUCUACCACCAAUAGAUUAACUGACACGAGAUUAUUAUAGUUUAAGCAGAGAUCUUGCGUUCGAGUCUCUGUAAAUGCAGCUGCGUUAAAUACUUGAUAGAUAGUGUUUUACCGUUCAUAGUAGUCAUAUUCAACUCAAAAUUGUGAGAGCAAUUCAACGAACCAAAAAGAUUCAAUGCAUAUUCUCUAAUAAAAAAAAUAGAACAUGAACAAAGUUAUAAGGCUAAAUUAUCUAAAUUUGCCUCAUUUCAAAAUGUUUCUUUUGUCAAUUGUGAAGGAUUUAAAAUAUAUUUAUGUAGCCCUUAUGAUUAAAAAAAUGUAAAAUGGUUCUGAUGAAUUUGUUUGUUCCAUAAACUAUAUAAUCUGUUUUACUAUGUCUAAAACUAUGAGCACAAUGACUUCCGAUCCAUAAAUAGUAAAAUUACAUGAAUCAGAAUAAGUACUGCAACAUAAAUGUAAACAGUUUAUGGUGAAGAGAAAAAAGUGGAAUUUCUGACCAUUUCUUUUUGCUCUCAAACUAGAACAUGAUUCAUUUUGGUAGUGGAGUGCUAUUUGGAUGGAUCACAUUCAAUUACGCGUUGCGCACAUUCGUGGAACCAGCUAUCACCACAAGUUCUGGAACUCUCGUUUCCUAAUUUUCGUGGAAACUUCCUAAGAAUAUGUCAAGAAUCUCCUUUUGAUUUUGUUCUCAACGUGUAUAUAAAUUUGUCCACCAAUGUGUAUACUUCACUACAUUUCCUCCAUUUAACUCGGGAUUCAUGCUUCUUAUUUUUAGCUUCCACUAACCAUUUAUAUACACAAGGCCCCUUUGUACAUUUCAAUCACCAAAAGCAAAACGAUCCUGAUUCUCAAUUCAUUCUCCAUUGUAACACAAAAACCCUUUUCCAAAGACUCUUGACCCAACACAUCUCUGUCUCUCUUCUUUUCCAGACAUAGGAGGAGGAGGAGAGAAAUUCAAGCCUUUCCACCUCACUAUUGUUGUUAAGUUCAUCAAUGGCAAAGGGAAUCAUCAGAAACCAAAUGUCCUGGAUGGAGGUUGCUCCAGCACCCAUUAUUUUCCCAAAGAAGCCUUCCAAUUCGCCUACUUUGGAGACCAUAUUAGAAGAAGGAGCGGAGGAACGUGAUGGUAUAAAUCAACCAUAAAUAUGUAGCAGGAGUUUCAAAUUGUGGUUCGCAACUGCGAUUGUGACCGCAAUUUAAAACCCUGCUAUUUAGCUUAGCAUCCUCAAGUAUGAAGUGUUGCAGAUAAUUGAAUUGAAUCAACAUGUGGGUAGCCAAUGAAGUUCGUUUCGAAUGUUCCGGCUCAUGAAGAGGAUCAAGUUGUGAAAGUAAUGAGUGCUUCUCAGCUACUCUGUUCAGUGAAUUUUGUAAAAUUUGUAGUUUCUCUCUUUUCUUCCUUCAGAAUGUGUAAGUUAACCAAUAUGCAUUGAUUCUUUUAGGAAGAAGGGGAUUAGGAAAUGGUAAACUACAGUUUUUAGUUUCUCCCUUUGCUUAUGACAAAUUUGAAUCAGGUUAUAGUUGAUAUUUGUUCUUAAUUUCUUUUAUUGUUAGAAUAAAAUUAUACACGUAUCUCAGUAAAAUUAAUUUUGACCAACAAGAUAGUGAUCUAGUGACAAGCAACGUUAGACCCUGGAUGAAAGUAUAAGUUCUUAUUCGGGAGAAACAUUUGUUAGGCCAGACGUGCAACUAACAGGUGGCGGGAAUGAAUUUCAAUUCAAACAUAUUAAAUGAGGUCUCAAUAAGAGACCAGAACGCCCUCACCCAUAAAUUCCCUCUCUCACUUAAAAGCCUCCAUCACCAUUUUCUUAACAAGGUAAACACCACAAUAUCUUUUAUCCCCAAACCCCACUCUCUUUAGGUUUGCAUACAUUUUCCCAUCUAACGUACCCAAUGUAAUGUAUUUUCUCUCUUCCUCACUCCCUCGACCCGACAAGAAAUUUCUCUGCAUCUUUUUGAAAUUUGUUAUCAAUUGAAAUAUGUAUUUUAAAGAAAGAUAAAAACUAGGGAGGAAGAGAUGUUAAAACUGAAUUUACCAGAAAAAUAUGGUCGCUAUAGGAUAAGCACUUCCGCUUCCAAGGGGUUAACCUCUUUUAAAAUUUACUUAUCACACAAACACAAUCACAUGUAGCUGCUUUUUUCAGAUUUGCACCCACCUGAAUUCUAAGAUAUCCGAAUUGAACACUCACGGUUCUACAAUUAAGCAUCAUGACAUGCCUUCCCAGCUCCACUUCACAUGAUGUUAUCUCACUGCUAGCUACUUGCUAAUUUGCCUUUGAAAAAAUUCACUUUAAACCACAAAAAUUAGCUCGAACCACCUUAAUUAGAAUCCCUUCACUGUACCUAAUAAAGGAACACCAAAUAUAUUCUUAAAGACUGUUAUAAUUAAAAACAUAAUCAGUAAAUUAUGCACUAGUACUUUGGUGAUCAUAUGUUGCACUAUUGUAUAUGUGUAUUAGUUUACUGUGGUACUCGACAAAUCUUGGAUUAUAUGAAACCACGAGCCUGACCUAUUUCUCUCAUGUAGUUUUGUUUUUCAUGAUAGAGGCUCUUAAUUUGAUUCUUUGAAUACUCCAUUAAUACCAAUUUAAUAAUCAAAUGUCUUUUUCAGGUCAGGUACACUACUAGUGCUUAAUUGUUUAAUUAGAUUAGAUUAACGGCGGAAAAAGAAACACCCACAUAACAUAAGGUAUAUACUACAUUAAUGCUCGAAUCUUUAGCAGCCUUAAAUUGGCGUAUUAUGUAUUUCCACUCUUACUUUCCAUUUCAUUUUCACCAUAAAUUUCCAUCUUCUUUCCUCCGCUCACGACAAACACGUUUGACACCAGGUAAUUAAGGUUGUGACAAUGACUUUAUAUCUGCGAAAUAAUAAUGUUUAGUGUACACUAUUUUCAUAAUAUUUAAAAUGAAAUAAGAAGAAAAGAGAGGUAAGCGAUUUAUAUAACAGAAAAAUAUAGAUAAAGAAAAAAAAUGAUGUAGUAUUAUUUGAUGUUCUCUCUAAGACAUUGAAAGACAAAAAUUACGAACCCAGAACAAAAAGAAUAGGUAUGAUAAUAGAAACAAUAUAUGAUUGACAUUAGAAUAAAAUCAAACCUAAAAAUGACUAAUAAGUUGCACGUAUCGAUGUCAUAUGAAAUAUAUGAAAUAUGAAAUCUUAUGAUGAAAGAAACCCCAAAAAUAAUAUUUAUUUUGUAGAUAUUAUUUUGAGGUCUAGCUAGGAACAAGUGGUUGUAAUCGCCUUGAGUAGCCAUCGUUACCACUUUCCAUGAAGCUCCCGUGGCACAUACAAAACAAAAACAAUGUUUGGUUUUAGCUCAAUUGAGAACAAGUCCGACCAAAUUCAAGUAAUAUAGUUGUUAGCAUAUUAAAUAGCAAAACAAUGAUUUUCCUCGUGUGUUAAUUCCCAUUGGGCGCUCAAUGUUAGGUAAUGGUCAUAAACCAACAGCGUUGUCACUUCAACCCUUACAAAAAUGCCAUCCCACUCAUCACACCACUUAACUAGAUCUCUUUUCUCUUCUUCAUCAAGUUCAUCUUUACUUGUUGGAGCUAGCUAGCAGCCAUGGGGAAGGUGAUCAAGUUCUUGGCAUCCUCUUUUGAGUUUGCACCCCCUCCGGUGAUUACCCUUAGAAAGGUUUCACAUGCUCCUGUAUUAGAAACCAUUGUUGAAGAAGAGGCUGAAGAAUAUGAGGAAGCGUUUGGUUCCCUCUAGUUAUAGAUAUUGCUUGUGAUGUAUUAGAAUUGUACUCUUUUAUGUGCAGCAUGCGAUUCCACAAUCGACUGAAAGUUUGUUUUGUCAAUUUGUGGUGGUAUUACAGUUUUUGUAUCCUCUGGUUUGUGUAUCUCCACGACUAUUAUUAAGUGUGUAAUCCAAUUUUGGUAACCUACCCCGUUAUUCCA